AUGCAGAAUGCGAGAAACAUCUCGCAUGAGCUGAGCGAUCUUCUACGGAUAGAGAGCGUCGAUCUUGCACUUGCGCAAGAGCCUUAUUCCAGUCCCAAUGGGGUCCUGGUCGGGCUUGGGCUCUCCGUCCGAAAGGCUUUCAAACAACGGUGCGACGAUCCGCGCGCGGCCGUCCUAGCCUACAACGAACGUACUGGCGUGACACUACUCAACCACCUGACACUACUACUCGCAGCCAUUCGACGCGUUGCACCCAGUAAAUGGGGACUGAGUUACCGCACGAUGAAAAUCAUCUACGGUGGCUUAUUCAAAGCCAUUGCUGGCUACGCCGUGGCCGCAUGGUUCGACCUGACUAACGAAUACGACAGACGCACCCUCAGGUCUGCCCAGAGGCAGGCCCUUUUAGCCAUGACGAGGGCCUACAGGACUGCAUCAACGGAUGCGUUAUGCGUCCUGGCGGGCGAGGCGCCCAUCUCCCUCUUCUUAACACAUCGGGUUGCUCAGUACAACAUACGAAAAGGCAGAGACGUCCAGGUUGCUGAUCUGACCAUAGAAUCAGAUCAGCUGGGUGACGACUCUGCCUCCCUCGUAGAUGACAAAAUAAAAGACCUGUGGCAACGCCAGUGGUCGUUCCUGACCGGUCAUGGAGACUUCUCUGCCAAUCUCUGGCGGCGGCCGUCACUCAAAUUAAGGAGUGCGACCGCUGCGAAUGGCGGGGACAGACAGACUCACAGUAACGACAACGACAGAACUGGUGCAGAAGUAGAGCUCUUGCUGGCUCGGGGGCGGAACCUUCACGAAGUCCUCGCUGGACACUCUGUUUGGGAGCGCCUGGGGAUGUCACUGACAUCGCUGGGCUCUAACAAGCAGUGCUAA